AUUCCUCUUUCCAUUCAUUUUCAUCCGAAUCCCAUGGAAUCUUACCUGUUCUCUCUCGGGGGGCGCGUCUUCGACCUGAAGCUGCGUGCUUGUGCUUAGCUGGAUGAGGUUCGUCAAUCAUCUCUCUGCAGGUUUAAUUCGCAGUUUCGAGGGAAAACAUUCUGCUGAAAUUCAAGUAUACUUCAGAAGCUCCUCAACUUAUCAUACUUGCAGCAAGUUCUCUCAGUUAGAUGUGCUUUAGUGAUCAUAUCUCUGUCUUUGAGACCAAUAAGGUUAUAUUGUUAUCAAGUGUUUUAAUGGGAAGAUAUGAGUUAGGAAGAUUGCUAGGCCAAGGUACCUUUGCAAAAGUGUACUAUGCACGAAGCAUGGCAACUAAUCAGAGUGUGGCUGUCAAGGUAAUUGACAAAGAUAAGGUUAUAAAAUCUGGGCAAGCUGAACACAUCAAGCGUGAAAUAUCUAUUAUGAGGAAGGUUAGACAUCCCUAUAUCAUACAGCUUUUUGAGGUCAUGGCCACCAAGAGUAAGAUUUACUUUGUUAUAGAAUAUGCUAAAGGCGGUGAGCUCUUCACCAAGUUGGCUAAAAAAGGGAAGCUCAAAGAGGACGCUGCACAUAAAUAUUUCUGGCAGCUGAUCAAUGCAGUUGAUUUUUGUCACAGCAGAGGCGUGUACCACCGAGAUAUUAAACCAGAGAACCUUUUGUUGGAUGAGAAUGGGAAUCUGAAGGUUUCUGAUUUUGGGUUAAGUGCUCUGGCAGAAUCCAAGCGGGAAGAUGGCUUGUUGCAUACAACUUGUGGCACACCCGCUUACGUUGCUCCUGAAGUCAUCAAAAGGAAAGGGUAUGAUGGUGCCAAAGCUGAUAUUUGGUCUUGUGGGGUAGUGUUGUUUGUAUUAUUGGCAGGAUAUCUCCCUUUUCAUGAUCCAAAUUUGAUAGAGAUGUACAGGAAGAUUGGCAAAGCAGAAUUUGAAUGUCCUAAUUGGUUCUCCCCAGAAGCCCGCAAACUUUUAUGCAAGAUGUUAGAUCCAGAUCCUGAUACUAGGAUUUCCUUGGAAAAGAUUAAGGACUGUUCUUGGUUUAAGAAAGGACCAAAUUCUAAGCACAAAAAACCAGUAGUGGAAAAGAGGGCUGUCUCUUCAUCAGAUAAAAGUCCUUCUGAUCGAAGCAAUGAAGCAGAAGCAAAGCAGGAGACAGUUGUACCAAUCAGUAUAAAUGCAUUUGAUAUCAUAUCCCUUUCUGCUGGUUUUGAUCUUUCUGUAUUCUUUGAAGACAGUUUUAAGAAGAGAGAAGCUAGAUUUACUUCAAGACAGCCUGCACCGGCUAUCAUCUCUAAGCUGGAAGAGACUGCAAAGCGUCUGAAGAUGAAAAUAAAGAAGAAAGCCGCAGGUUUGUUAAAACUAGAGGGUCUCAAGGAAGGUAGAAAGGGUGUUUUGUCCAUUGAUGCAGAGAUCUUUGAGGUUACUCCGUAUUUCCAUCUGGUGGAAGUGAAAAAGUCUGAUGGAGAUACAUUGGAAUUUCAGAAAAUACUGAAAGAAGGUAUAAGGCCUGCCCUUCAGGAUAUUGUUUGGGUUUGGCAAGGUGAUGACCAAGAACAGCAAUCAGAACAACAACUGCAGAGACAUGACCAGCAGCCACAGCAAUCAUAGCAAUAAUACGUUCUAUUUUUUGGAGUUCAUGAUAUGUCCAUUUUCCACCAUGUUGCUUGUUCAUAUUGUGCAAUUGUUCGUGGUAUCUUCGCUCGUCUUGUAAGUACUGGGUGCUGUAUUUUUUUUUUUAAAUUAUAUCUAUAUAUCUAUAUAUAUAUAUAUAUAUA